CACACGCAUGCGCACACGCACGGACGGACGCAGAGCCACAGCUGGACGCGAGUGUGUCAGUGAGUCAUUCAGUGAGUGUGUGGAAAAUGGCCGACGCGUUCGGACUACAGACGGAAGAAGAUCCCGCGGCUGCCUUUCUGGCUCAGCAGCAGCAUGAGAUCGCCGGCAUCGAGAACGACGAGGACAACUUCGGCUUCGAGUUCACGGCUCACGACCAACCCGAAGCCGGAGCGGCAGAUACCCAACCGUCACAUUUCAGUUCGCACUCUUUCGAAGAUGAGUUCAGAGGAGCAACUAUGAAUGGAGAACUGUUUCAGGACACUAACGACGUAACGGACGGUUACGCCGCCAUCUCCCAGGUCGACGUGCAGCGGCAGGAGCCUGAAAGUUUACGCAAGUGGAGAGAGGAACAGAAGGGACGCCUGGAAGAGUUGGAUUCGGCCUCCAAGGCGGCAGAAAUUGAGUGGAAAGAGAAGGCGAAGAAGGAGCUGGAGGACUGGCACGCUCACCAGCGGGAGCAAAUGGAGAAGAAUAAAGUAAACAACAGAAAAAACUUCCUUCUCGAAGCAAGUGAUUUCCAUGUAACUGAGUACCAACUUGACAGCUUGUUCAGGAUUGCUGAUAAGGCUUUCUACAAACAGCCCAACUCUGAUGUGAUAGGCUUUGUAGCAUCCGAGGAUGCCUUCCUGAAGGAGUGCGACGACAACAGCCCAGGCACCGAGUGGGAAAAAGUGGCACGGCUCUGCGACUUCAACCCCAAGACGAGCCGCCAGACGAAGGACGUGUCCCGGAUGCGCUCGGUCCUCAUCUCCCUGAAACAGACACCACUGUCUCGCUAAGGCCUCGUCACACACUCCGUCUCGUGUCUCGCCUUCUGUCCAGCUCCAUCUCAGUGUCCUUUUUCGCACUUUGUUUUAGCACAAACAAGAUGUUUGGGUUUUCUGUCGUUUCUUUUAAGGUGUAUGGUGACUUGAAACUUUCCUCUGUUACACAAACUGUACCAAAUUGUUAUUUUUUUUUUGCUUCAAGAAAAUGAGAACGGUGUCUCUCGUGUAGGUUGGAGUGCAGGACCCUCAGACCAUCUCAGAGUAACUAUAAUUAAAAACACAGCUCAAACACACAGCAUGAGCUUUUAGAAGGAAGCUAACUGACUAAACGGCAAAAGCAGUACAGCCACAUCAGCAGUCAGACGUUCAGUGUUUGCUUUUUUUUUUGUUGUUUUUUUAAAGAAACAAAAAGCGAAAAUUUCUGCAGUUUCAAUUUGAUUUGCGAUAUAUUAAUAUACAUUAACACUACAGUUAUUAACGCUGCCCAAUUUGGUCCUCUGAGGCACCCGGAUGUUCCUGCUGUUUUUAUUCGCUAUUUCUGACGUCUGAAAACGUAGCGAUCCGUAUUUAAAUUCCUCCCUGCAGCGUAUCCAUGAUGCACUGUGACCUUCGGUUUGAUUCACACGCACGCGUUCACUGAUCGAGAGCCAGCGAGCUAAAGGGGGAAAAAACAAAAAUGUAACAACCGUUUUCACAUUUACAGAUUAGCGAUAGGGAUUUUUAUUGAGUUAGUACAUUUGAUUCAAGAUUCGACUCGAGAUUUAAAUUUUUUUUCUUAAUCUGAAAACAUUUACAUCAAUUUUUUAAAUUAGGAAAAUAGUCACCAAUUUGCAUCCCAGAAAGAUUCGUUUUAAUUCAUACCGGAUCACCUUCCCUAGUACGCCGGGUACAUAGACGGCAAAGAGAGGUUUCCAUGGAAGCAUUCAGACGCAUGCUUUUGAUCGUGUACGCGUGUGAGUCGGCCAGCGUUCACCAAAAAGAGACGAAUCGAUGAGUCGACUCGUCGACUCACUAUUACAGACGUGAGGAAAGGAUCUCUGUAGUUUCCGCUGGUUUCUCUUGACCUAAGACCUAAUUUGGGAAGCUAUGCUGUAAUUGGUCUAAACAGCAGAAAGACAUACUCGGAAGAGUAUCGUGAAUAAAUUCUUGUGAAUAAGAGAUGAAACCUCAUCUUAUUGUAACUUUCAGAGAACAGAAAAAAAACGAGAAUAGCUUCAUUUUCUGUACUGUGUUCAUACUGUUACUGAUUAUCGCUUUUUGCAUGUUUUGCUUUUUUUUUUUUAUAUACUCAAUUUCAUGAAGGUUGGCAAUAAUUCUCUAUUUUUCAUUCAUCUUUGUUUUCCAUCAAACCCGCUGCGUCGUAAGUUCCAUCCCAUUCCGCCCCCCUAAAUAAUUCCCAAAAAACUAAAAAGAUAUUUACAGUUUAAAUUCUAGGUUUUGUUUAGUGGAUAAUUUAGCGCUGGACUUGCGUUCAUACCAUUAAGCCUAACAUGUGUCGAGUAAAACAGAUAUCAGAUUUAAAGUGUAGCAACUCCUCCCAGUUCAGAUAGAAAUCAGUCGAGCAUGCGGUAAAGUGUUACGAAUAUUUAUAUUCACCAUCUUUAACGUUCACUUUGAAGUCUUUCAGCUUUGAGGCCUUUUUGUCCAAAACAGAUUUAAAAAGAAAAUAAAACUGUUACUUGCCUUUCUGCAGACCAGCUCUGUCGUGUGCUGCACCACAGAUUGCGGUUUUUACUGGCUGCCAAAGACUGUAUGUUCAUGCCUGACUACGCUCUAAAUAAAAUUAUAUCUGGACAGUUUUCCA